AUGCCAGGGAUCUUCAGCCCCACCACCACCACCAGGGAAUUGCAAAGCGGGAGCAACCGCAGCCAGCUGAAAUUAGAUCGGGGCGAAAACUACGGGUUUCCCUCCGCCGCCACCGCCGCCGAGAACUCCAACUCCAAGGACCUGAUCGCCGGCUCCACCUGCGAACACGGUGAGGUCACGCGCAGCCCCUGCGGCGGACCUGCUGGGUCGAAGAACAAGCUGAAGUCGAAGCCGCCAAUCAUAAUCACCCUAGACAGCGCGAACGCGUUCAGAUCCCACGUGAUGGAGGUCGCGAACGGCUGCGACGUCCAAGACAGCAUCUCCACCUUCGUCACGCGCUGCCGCCGUCGUCGAUUCCGCGACCGGCACAAGGCACACCUCAGCCUCUGGCGACGAUAA